UGAGUGGAUCGCAGCAUGGGGCCGACCAGCUUGGAUCAAGCGAUCACACUCCAGCAGCGAUCCCCGACAAGCCUGUGGCUCCAGCAGAUUCAAGCGGCAGCCAAGCGCCUGAAAUCAUGCCGGAGCUUGUCCGAGUGCCGCCAACUCAGAGCCGAGAUCGAGCGAACUCACCUGGCACGGAAUCGCUACCUCACCAACGUCCUCGUCGAGACGCUGGGAAAGUUUGGGCAGCUAGAGGAGGUGUCCCAGGCCUUCGCGCGCAUCCGGCAGCCAAACGUCUUCUCCUGGAACAUCAUGGUGGCGGCGUACGCGCAGAACGGCCGCCUGGAAGAAUCGAGGGACAUGUUUGAAGAAAAGAUGGCGGAGCGAGACGUGGUGUCCUGGACGACGAUGGUGGCCGCUUAUGCGCAGAGCAGGCAGCUGGAAGAAGCCCAGGGCCUGUUCGAUCGGAUGCCCGAGAGGAACGAGGUGUCAUGGAACACGAUGAUCUCGGCCUAUGCCCAGUCCGGCUAUCUGGGCGAGGCUGAAAAGCUCUUCCGGCGAAUGCCCGCCCCGGACGUGGUGUCACGGACGCUAAUGGUGGUGGCUUAUGCCCAGGCCGGGCAUCUCCUUGAGGCGAGGUGGGCUUUCGAGAGCAUGCCCGAGAGGGAUAUCGUAGCGUGGACCGCGAUGCUCGUCGCGUAUGCCCAGGCAGGGGAAGUGGCCGCGGCGGAGCUCCUCUUCCACACCAUGCCGGACAGGAACCUCGUGUCCUGGAACGCGAUGCUCCAGGCGCGAGCUCGCGGCGGCGCGCUAGAGCUCGCCCAGCGGAUGAACGUGGAGGGCGUGAGGCCGGACGAGAUCACUUUCAUGAUCGUUCUCCACGCUUGCAGCCAUCUCGGCCUCGUGGAGGAGAGCUUGCGGCAGUUUGCGUCCAUGGUGGUGGAUCACGCCGAGGCUCCGCGCGUGGAGCACCGGGCGUGCGUGGUGGAUGUGCUGGGGCGGGUAGGGGAGCUCGACGGCGCGGAGGAUGUGGUGGGGAGCUUGCCCGCCUCGUCGGGAGCUCUGGCGUGGACGACGCUCACGGGUGCUGCCAAGAUGCAUGGAGCCGUGGGUCAUGGCGUGAGAGGUGCCAAUGCGGUGUUUAGGAUGGAUCCAAGCGACUCGGCACCGUAUGUUCUCUUGCAAUUGCAUCUCUGCAAGAAGUAAAUAAGCGCGCUGCUAAAUCUUAGCUCACUGGAUUCAUUUCCCAGUUGUAGAUCAAGGAAUGAAAGUGAUCUUUCCAGAGAAACAAAAAUCGUCAAGAAGCACUAUGUGUUCUACUUGACAAUACAGGGAGAUCUUUUUGUUCUACGUUGCAUGCUUUGACAAGAGUUUUCUCUUAUCUGCUUAGGUGACAUGUCUAUUACACUACAUUGUCUUAAGUUCAAAGUUGAUGUGCUAGUACAAUUUGACUCAAACUCUCGGUGGAGUGUUUAAAACCCGAACCAAUCGAACUUAUGUCACUCACAUCUAUGGAGCGAGCGCUAGUUUUGGCCGUAGCAAUUCUUCUCCUUGCGCAGCUUGCUGCUUGCCAAGGGCCCCGGGGAACUCUGGGUGUCUACCAAGCAAGCAACUCAUCGACUUACACACCUUGUCCUCGAAGUGGAUGGAGCCGAGGCCAGGCUCUAGCAAAUAGCCAGGCGAUUUUCAAUGGCCCCUCCAGCGCGUGCUUGAGGAGCUACAAUCUCACCAGUGACUAUAACCGUGGUUUUGGAGUGAGAGCGGUGGUCAGAGUGGUCGGGACAUGCUCGGCAUGCUAUACUUUUCACAGCACCCAGUCGACUUUCACGUCCAUCGCGCAGCCAGGCGCUCAAAUCCCUCUGUCUAUAGAGUACAUCCCGUCCUGAGAAUUGUGCGAGAGCAAAUAAAAGUACCUUGUGUAUAGGCUGCGAGCUUCUUAACGAUUUUAACAAUAAAACUGGAAACGUAGCUGCAAACAGUGCUCUUACGUAUUCAAAGAGUGAUGAGUAUAGAGGUGUUAAACGUUGUCCGGAUUUUAAGAAGACUGGAAACAGGCGCUUGGCUAGUGCUUGAGAUGUUUGAAAUCCAGCGGAUGCUUACCAGUUGAUUUUGUAGACUUUCCUUUCAAAACCUUUUUUUC